UUGUUCUCUCUCUUCAUAACACUUGCUCAGUUGUUUGCCUUACAGUUCACGCCAAACGCCUGCUCUGUCUGUCUCUCUAUCUUCUCUCUUCUCUCUCUAUGUGACUCAGAAAAAUGCACCCCUUCUUCUAGUUUUUCUACUGUAUUUUCCAUGGUUCUUUGUUCUAUCUCCGUUUCCUUGGUCUGGGAGAAAAUGGAGUUGAACGGAGUCUUGCAUUGGAGGAAGGAGAAGAAAGAGCUCGUCUUUUGUUAUGUUCUGGCCGUGCUUGUGCUUGUCUUGCCCCUUGCUUCACCUCUCAACGAUGAAGAAGGAAAAGCGUUGAUGUCGAUUAAAGCGUCGUUUAGCAACGUAGCUAAUGUCUUACUUGACUGGAAUGAAGACCACGACAGCGAUUUUUGUUCAUGGCGUGGGGUAAUCUGUGACAAUAUCAGCCUGUCUGUUGCUUCAUUGAAUUUAUCAAACUUAAACCUGGGCGGGGAGAUUUCACCAGCUAUCGGAGAUUUGAAGAACUUGCAGUCCAUAGACUUGCAGGGGAACAAGUUGACAGGUCAAAUACCGGAUGAGAUUGGAAACUGUGCCUUUCUUGUUCAUCUGGAGUUGUCUGGUAAUUUGCUCUAUGGAGAUAUACCCUUUUCCAUAUCAAGACUCAAGCAGCUUGAGUUUUUGAAUUUGAAAAACAAUCAGUUGACUGGUCCUAUUCCGUCAACGCUAACCCAAAUUCCGAACCUAAAAACUCUUGAUCUUGCUCGAAACCAACUCACUGGUGAGAUACCAAGAUUAUUGUACUGGAAUGAAGUACUGCAGUACCUUGGGUUACGUGGCAACUCGCUGUCCGGAACACUGUCACCUGAUAUGUGCCAAUUAACUGGUUUAUGGUAUUUCGAUGUUAGAGGCAAUAAUCUCAGUGGUCCAAUCCCGGAGAACAUUGGUAACUGUACGAGUUUCGAAAUACUGGACAUAUCUUACAAUCAAAUCACUGGUGAAAUUCCAUAUAAUAUCGGAUUUUUACAAGUGGCUACUCUAUCACUUCAAGGAAAUAGGUUGACUGGAAAAAUUCCGGAAGUGAUUGGUCUAAUGCAGGCCCUUGCUGUUCUUGAUUUGAGUGAAAAUGAGUUAGUCGGACCAAUUCCUGCAAUACUUGGAAAUUUAUCCUACACAGGCAAAUUAUACCUUCAUGGCAACAAGUUAACUGGGCAAAUUCCUCCUGAGCUUGGCAAUAUGUCAAAACUUAGCUACCUGCAACUGAAUGACAACCAAUUAGUCGGCAAGAUUCCUGCAGAACUUGGGAAACUGGAGCAAUUGUUUGAGUUAAAUCUGGCCAACAAUGAUCUUGAUGGGACGAUUCCACACAAUAUUAGUUCUUGCACAGCCUUAAAUCAGUUCAAUGUGCAUGGCAAUCGCCUAAGCGGAUCAAUCCCUUUGGGUUUUCGGAAUCUUGAAAGUUUGACUUAUCUAAAUCUCUCUGCAAACAAUUUCAAAGGAACUAUACCGGUGGAAUUGGGACAUAUCAUUAACCUGGAUACAUUGGAUCUGUCCAGCAAUAAAUUCUCUGGGCCGGUUCCAUCUUCAAUUGGUGAUUUGGAGCACCUUCUUACUUUGAAUUUGAGUUUCAAUCUAAUUGAUGGUAAAUUGCCAGCAGAAUUUGGAAAUCUUAGAAGUAUACAGAUUAUUGACAUGUCAUUCAACAAUCUGUCUGGUUGUAUUCCUGUGGAGCUGGGUCAGUUACAGAACAUUGAAUCGUUGAUAUUGAAUAAUAACAACUUGCAUGGGAGGAUACCUGAUCAGCUAUCAAAUUGUUUUAGUCUAAGCACUUUGAAUGUUUCAUACAACAACCUCUCAGGGAUUGUGCCUCCUAUGAGAAACUUCACUCGCUUUUCACCCAACAGCUUUAUUGGAAAUCCAUUGUUGUGUGGCAAUUGGUUGGGAUCGAUAUGCAGACCCUAUGCACCAAAAUCUAGAGCAAUGUUCUCCAGAGCUGCAGUUGUAUGUAUGACAUUGGGUUUCAUCACUUUGUUAUCGAUGAUAAUAGUUGCAGUUUACAAGUCAAACCAGCAAAAUGAAUUGAAGAUAGGGUCUAGUAAAACAUUGCAAGGCCCUCCCAAGCUUGUUAUUCUGCACAUGGACAUGGCAAUUCACACCUUUGAUGAUAUAAUGAGGAUCACUGAGAAUUUAAGUGAGAAAUACAUAAUUGGAUAUGGUGCUUCCAGCACUGUAUACAAAUGUGUACUGAAAAAUUCCCGACCAAUUGCAAUUAAGCGGCUCUACACUCAGCAUCCACACAACUUGCGCGAGUUUGAGACUGAACUUGAAACUAUAGGCAGUAUCAGACAUAGAAAUCUUGUCAGUUUACAUGGGUAUUCAUUGUCUCCCUUUGGAAAUCUCCUCUUCUAUGACUAUAUGGAGAAUGGAUCUCUAUGGGAUUUGCUUCAUGGAACAUCAAAGAAGGAGAUGAAACUUGAUUGGGAAACACGCUUGAAGAUAGCUGUUGAUGCUGCCCAAGGACUUGCUUAUCUUCACCAUGAUUGCAACCCCCGAAUUAUUCACAGGGACGUUAAGUCUUCAAAUAUUCUGCUGGAUGAGAAUUUUGUGGCUCAUCUUUCUGAUUUUGGGAUUGCCAAAUCUAUCCCGACUGCAAAGACACAUGCUUCAACUUAUGUUCUUGGAACAAUUGGCUACAUUGACCCAGAAUAUGCCCGGACUUCUCGGAUUAAUGAAAAAUCUGAUGUUUAUAGCUUUGGUAUUGUGCUUCUGGAGCUAUUAACGGGAAAGAAAGCUGUGGACAAUGAGUCUAAUUUGCAUCAACUGAUAAUGUCCAAGGCUGAUAAUAAUACAGUUAUGGAGGCUGUUGACCAUGAGGUUUCUGUUACGUGUAUGGAUAUGACACAUGUCAGGAAGACCUUUCAACUUGCUCUUCUCUGCACGAAGCGGAAUCCUAUGGAAAGACCGACCAUGCAUCAGGUUGCGAGAGUUUUGGUCUCCCUCCUCCCAGCAACAACUCCACUAAAGCCUAGUUCUUCUCCAAAGCCGAUAGAUUAUGCAAAAUUUGUGAUAGAGAAAGGGCAACCACAACCACAACCAACGCAGCAGAUUGUUCAGCAGGAGAAUAAUUCAUCUGAUGCUCAGUGGUUUGUUCGAUUCGGUGAGGUUAUAUCUAAGAACACACAUUGAACGUCCAUUUGGCCACUAGUUUUUCCAUCGUUUUAUAGUGUGUAGGUGAAAUAUGGGGUUUGAUGUUUUAAAGCUGGGGAAAAUCCCGUGGUUUUUGCUUCACAAGGUUUAGUUUCUGCCCCAUAAGUGGAAUGAUUAUCUCUGUGUUCUUUGCGCAAGUGAUAUUUAGACUGAAAUAUAUGGUAGGAAGAAUCUAUAACCCCGCUAGUGAUGUAGUGUUCAUUUUGUAACUAUUUUGUACAAGCUUUUCAAGAGUCGGUAAUAGUAGCCGAUUGGGUUGCACAACUUGGCUAGGAAUGGUAAUGUUUAUUAACUUUUAUACGAACUUUCAGUUAAUGCCAUAUUAGUCUUAUUAUUUUCAUAAAGGGUUCCAAAUCUGCCAGCUGUGAUGCAGUGGACCGCGAGUAAUAAUAGAUUUAUCUGCACUAUAUAAAUUUCAGAAUUGGGGUUGAUUGUUGAUUGAUCGGUCGUAAGAGGUAUCUGACAUUUUUAUCUAGGGUCUGAUGGAUGAUUUUGUAAAAUACCGAUGCCCUACGCUAAAGCUUUGGAAAACUGUUUUAUAGUUUUAGAGAACAAAAAAAAUUCUUCGAACUCCAAUGGGUAACGGAAACUUCAGCUUGCAAGCAGCGAAUGAAAGAUAAUUUUUGUUUUAUUUUUAUUGCGUGGUGAUCUUGGGGAAAAAUGGCUGUACAUGGUUUGUACAAGUUUAAUGAAGAAAUACCAUUGCGAAAAAUGAUUUCUCAAAUAUUUGUUCCUUUCGAAAGUAGUUGUUGGAAUUGAUGUAGGCAAAACAAGCUCUCAAGCACAUACCCCCUGAUCUGUAAAAUUGGGAUUUCAUCCCAAUUGAAUGAACCUCCACCUGGUGCGCCCAUGUAGUAAUAAAAACAUUAUCUAUACGCUCUGGUUGUUAGCGCAUGUCCAGACUCCUGU